AUGGGUAAAAAGAAACCAUCUAUGUCACUUUUUUCAACAAUUGUUCAACAAAUAAAUGAACAUGAUAAUAAAAUAUCAUCAAAUGAAUAUCAUCUUAUUGAUAAUGAAUAUUUUGCUGCAUUUAAUUCACCUGAUGAUAUUCAACAGUUUCAUAAUAAAUUUAUUGAUAAAGAUACUGACCUACCUAUAGAAAAUGAUAAUACUAAUAUAGAUAUGAAAACAUUUGCUCAACAAUUUCUUAUUGAUCUACCUGAACAUGUAACAAAAGUUACUGAUAAUCUAAGUUUAUCUCGUACAUCUUCACAAGAUAUAUUCACGACAGAUCAUCCAAUAAAUUGGUCACCUAAAUUAAAAGAUAACAAUAAUAUUAUUCAAUCACCAGAUAAUAAAAGACGAAAAUUAACAACACCUGUAAAAUUAAAUAAUAAACGAGCAAGUGUUCGAAAUCUAUCUCAAUCAAAUGAAUUUAUUUUUCUCUCUGAUAAUGAUAAUCAAAAUUCAUUAAAUGUUUCAACGAAUAUAUUCGAUUGUUUACAAAAUGAAGAAUCUUCCAAUCAAAAUGUACACGAUGAUAAAGAAACCUCAGUAUCUGUAGAAUUAGCUGAACCAACAAUUAUUAAAAAUGAACUCAUUGAAUCUGAACAAGUAAUUGUAAAACCAAAAGAAGAACCUAUUGAUAUAAAUAUGCCUUCUAUAGGUUUUGGUACUUCGGAAUUUUCUGGUGAUUUGGAUAAUUAUGUUCAAAAUAUUCAUCGUCUUCAUCAAUCUGCAAAUUCUACAGUUUCAUCACGUCCACAACGUAUUCGUAAACGAAAAAAAUUUUAUAAUGAAGAAGGUGAAUUACCAACAAGAUCAAAAAAACUUAAAACACCUAUACGAAAAAAACGUCCUCCUUCUUCUUCAUCUCAACUUCCAUCAACACUUCAUUUAACUGAUGCUGAAAUUGAACAACAAUUUGGUGAACGUUUACCAAUUAUUAAAUCAGAAUGUGAUGAUAACACACAGCAAAUUAUUAAUAGUCGAGUUGUUAUCGAGUUCGAACCUGUUAAUAAUUUACCACAAACACCAAUUGAAAAAGCACGAGCAAAACUAACGAGUGCAUUAGGACGUGGUCAUGAUCCAGAUACGUAUUUACUAAAAAUUCGUUCUCGUGAACAUAAAAUAAUCGAAGUUCAAUUAGCUAUUUAUGGUACAGCGGAUUGGCAUCCACAACGUACUAAAAUAUUAUCAAAAAUCGAAGAAGCACUUCGUGGUCUUCGUGUAAGUUGGACAAAAAUUGAUAUUCUAGUUGAUGAUUUUGAUGUACAAAUUUCUACAUCACCUCAAGCUGAUUCAUUGACUCCACCAUCAUCAUCAAUAUCAUCAAAUGCAAAUUCUUCAUGGUUUCUAAAAGCUUUAAGUGAAUCUGGUCCAUUGAUUGUUCAUAUACAUGAUCGAAGACAUCCUCAACAACGUUUUUUAAUCAAAUGUUCUUGUCCAGAAUGUUCACCAACAUCUAUAAAUCAUUCUAUUAAUUCAUCAUUACCUGUCAUUGUUAAUGUAUCUCCUGCAACAACACCAUCACGUCGUUUAAAUACUCCAACUAUUCUAAAUAAAAUGGCUCAAACAAAUAUUUCAUCAUUACAUAAUAUAGAUACAACAUUUUUUAAUGAACUUAUUUUUCAAUGGGGUAGAACAAUAGUUAUAUCUGUAACACAAUGUGUACUUGAUCUUGCAUUAAUUGUUAGUGUUCAUGCAUCAUUACCAAGUCUUUGUGUAUCACCAAAUUAUUCGAAAGAAGAAUAUAAAAAAAAAUAUCAACAAAUUAUUGAUCCACUUGAAUAUACAUUAAAUGAAAAUGAAAAAAUCUUAUUAAAUAAACCAUCAAUGAUUGCACAUGUUGUUUCAGUUAAUUCAAUGAAUAAUACACAAUCAAUUAUUCUUUCAAAAUCACCAAAUAUUCUAACUUUUCAUAAUUCAAUUAGACAAAAUCAAGCAAAUAUAAGAAGUGCUAAAUCAAUGAGAAAUUUAAUUUCAACAUUAUGUUCUACACCUUUAUCAUCUCCAUCACCUCCGUCUCAAUCAAAUAUGAUUACAGGUCGAACAUUAAUUCUCCCAAAACCAAUAACAUCUUUAUCUCUUUCAAAUACUCAAACUGCAAUGAGUUUACUUGAAUUAAGAAAAUCAAAUGAACGAAGUCAUCGAUCACAGCGUCGUUCAUCGCAAACAAAUCGAUAUGAUAAAUAUACUCGAAUAUAUUCAGAUAUAACUGAAUUAAAACAACAAGCACAUUGUACACCAAUUAUUGAGCUGAAACCAAUUAUGGGUGGAUCAACAAUUACAACACAAAAUAUUCAUUCAUUUAGUAGAGAAAAUAAUGAAACAAUUAUUGUUCGAGAUGCACAAAAUAAUGAAUUGAAAAAAGUCACAACAAUUAUAUCAACACAUACUAAUCCAAAUGAUACACAAUCUGUAACUAAUGAUAUUAUAUCUCCAUCAAAUAAUAAUAAUACUCGUGUGAUUCGUCUUUCUAUUGCUAAAUCAAAUAAUCAACGAACAUCAACAUCACCACCAACUAUUCGAUUAGUAACAUCACCGAAAACUAAUUGUAAUAAUAUUGAAUCAAUACCACUUGUAUCAAAACAAAUUAAUAUAAUUAAACCAUUAUCAUCAUCAUCAUCAUUAAUUACACCUGCUGUAAAACUUUCCAAUCCAAUACUUAUUUCCAAUAAAUCUCAACAGCUAUCAACAAAAUAA